CCACCAGGCACUGUCCCCCCAUCUGUCCCGUGGAUGUCAAAAUGGAUGUAGAAAGACCAAACUGUGCUCUACUCAGUUGGGAGCGUGUUCCCAACAGCCCAACAACCACCCGCUCCAUCUUUGUUCUGGAAAGGCAAGAAGUGGGUUCCCAGGAGUGGUUGAAGUGUUUCACCUCAGAGACCGCCACGUCGGCUGAAAUUACUGGUGACAGCGUGCCGUGUGAAGGCAACUACCGCUUCCGUGUCAGCUGCGUCAAUAAGUACGGACGGAGCGGCCACGUAGAGUUUCCCAAGGUUGUCCACCUUGUCCCAGGGCCAAAGAUUCUCUGCAAACUUCAAGGUUGUGACGUAGUUGAGGGAGAAGAUGCACACUUUUUCAUUGAGCUGUCUGUCCCAAUGGUUGGAACCUGGUUUUUGAACAGCUUGCAGCUGAAGCAUGAUGGACGGUACUCAAUAAAACACAACCAAACCAAGCACUCACUGGUUAUCUGUGAAACUCAAACAGCUGAGGACACAGCAGAGAUCACAUUCAUAGCCAAUGGAGUCAGAGAUUCAGCGGUACUUAGGGUUAAACCUGCUGUGGUAAAAUUUGUGCCUUUGUCGGAGUCAGACUGCAAUAAGAGAGUGGAAACUGGAGAUGCCAUUGUGCUCUACUGUGAAGUUUCCCAUCCAUUUGCUAAAGUAUCCUGGUGCAAAGAUGGCAAAGAACUUCAGGUGACAAAUGGCGUCAAUGUCCAGUCAGAUGGAAAUAUGAGGAGGAUCGUGAUCCAGUCUGCAGAUAUAUCUCACUCAGGAGUUUAUACAUGUGAGACGUCGGGGGAUGUUAUUAAAUUCAAUGUGGAUGUUGCAGGCCCUCCAGUGGAAUUUAGUCCUGUUCCAGAUGUAGAGCUUCACAGGAGCACCACGGAGCUGGACCCUGUAGUCCUGCUGUGCCAUGUCUCCAGAGAUGAUGCUGAAGUCGUAUGGUUAAAGGAUGGCCGUGAGAUCCACCCAAGUGACAACAUUACCCUGCAGGCAGACGGAACCAUGAGGAGACUAAUCAUUCGCUCUGCAGAAAUUUCAGAUGCAGGAAGUUACACUUGCCAGGCUGGAAACAACAGCAUAGAGUUCACAGUCAAUAUCAGAGAACCUCCAGUUAUGAUUGUGGAACCCAAGAAUGAUGUUGUAAUAGAGAGUUACAUAUCAGAGGAGAUCAACUUGCAGUGCGAGUUAUCUCGGUCCAGUGGGAAGGUACAGUGGUUCAAGAAUGGCCAGGAGGUGAAGGAAACCGAUAACAUUCAGCUUAUAUCAGAGGGGCCUUACAGGAGGUUGACCAUUGUCUGCAGCUCAGUGGAUGAUAGCGGAGAGUUUGUUUGUGAAACGGAUGGAGACUCUGUCUUUUUCCAGCUAAUUGUUACAGAGCCACCAGUACGAUUCAUUUUCCCCAGUGAACCAGAGGUGGAACUGACACAUGUUGCUUCAGAGAGGCUGGAGCUCAGUUGUGAGAUCUCUCAGGCAGAUGCUCAGGUUCGGUGGUACAAAGACAGCUUGGAGGUAGAGGAAGGUCCCAACUUGAUCCUGGAAGUAGAUGGGGCCAAACGGCAGCUAGUCAUACCUUUAACCACUGUGGAUGAUAAAGGGGAGUACAUAUGCGACACCGAGAAUGACUCAGUGGCUUUCCUGGUUACUAUUACAGAGCCACCAAUAAUAAUCACUCGUCCUGAAGACACCCCUGAAAGACUAGAGAGUUUUGUUGGUAAACCGAUUGUUCUGGAGAUUGAGGUGUCACGACCAACAGCAGUAGUCAAGUGGCUACUAAAUGGCAAAGAAAUCAAAGAGAGCAGCAACUUCACUAUCACAGAGGACGAAAUAAUUCGUCGGCUUACCAUCAACUUUCCAUCUGUAGAAGAUUCUGGGAAAUACACUUGUGAUGCUAUCGAUGAUAAAAUUGAUUUCCAGGUCAAAGUUUCAGAGCCACCAGUGAAGAUCUUAAGAAAAUCAGAGAUCAAGACAGACCUAAAGUUCCUGGUUUCAGAUGACAUUGUGCUGGAGUGUGAACUCUCCAGAACCAGUAGCAAAGCCAAAUGGUACAAGGAUGGGUGUCGCGUUGAUGGUAAUGAAAGGUAUUGUGAGGAGGAAGAGGGUACUUUCCGCUCCUUGGUGAUCCUUAAUACCGAACUUGGAGACUCAGGAGAAUACGUUCUAGAUGUUGAAGAUGACAGUAUCAGCUUCCAGGUUGUAGUACAAGAGCCUCCAGUGACCAUAGUAGGAAAUUCAUAUGACCCUGAAUACCAGGAAAUGGUGGCAGGCGAUGACUUAAUCUUGGCCUGUGAGUUGUCCCGUGCCAACGCUUCAGUCCAGUGGUACUGUAAUGAUAGGCUGCUCACCAGUGACUCCCGUACCUCGAUUGAGACCUGUGGGACCCUGAGGAAACUUAUCAUCUCAGGUAUCCAGCCCUCAGAUUCUGGAAAGUAUGUGUGUGAUGCUGUGGAUGACAAGAUGAUCAACGUUGUCAGGAUUCAAGAACCUCCAGUGACAUUCAUGAACAAGGAAGAUGACAUUGUUGUGAUAGCCUAUGAAGCAGAGAGCGUAACCUUGACAAGCUACGUGUCCAAGGAAAGUGCUGUGGUACGCUGGCUGAAAGAUUGGACACCAGUUGAAGGUGAACGCUUCCGAGCCCUCAUGGAAGGCCAUAAACGUACCUUUACCAUUGAGCCACUGAGGCGUUCUGAUGCUGGUGAAUACACUUGUGAUGUCAACACAGACCAGAUACAUUUCAGUCUACUGGUGAAAGAAAUGAGAAUAAAGUUUGUGCGACCCCUCCAAGACACUGUGGCUCACGCUGAUGGCAUGGUGACAUUGCGCUGUGAGGUGUGCAAACCAAAAGCAGAUGUCCAAUGGCUCAAGAAUGGUGUUGAAGUUGUCCCGAGCAGAAGGUUUUCCAUUCGAGCAGAUGGAGUUGAACGAAGCUUGACUAUCCAUCGUUUAACUCAACAGGAUGCAGGGCAGUAUACUUGUGAGUCCAGAGAUGACCAGACCACUGCAACACUGAGAGUAGAGAUGCCUCGAGUUGUUGAGUUUCUUACUGAGCUUCACAACACAACUGUACUAGAGGGAGAAGAUGCCACCUUCAAGUGCGUAGUUUCUCCUGAGGAUAUUCAGUUGGUUUGGCUAAUGGACAAUGAGCCGAUUACUUUGGGUAAUCGUUUCCAAGCAACCCAGAAUGGCCUGUGCCACACUUUAGUAAUCAAAAAGAGCCAAACUGUGGACUCCUCAAAGAUUACAGCAGAAGCUGAAGGAAAGACAAGCAAAGCCAGUCUCAAAGUUCAGGAGGCUCAAGUCAUGUUUACAAAGAAAAUGGAGGCUGUUGUGGCAGAAGAGUUUGGCGAGGCGACUUUGGUGACGGAGAUCAGCUUGGAGACAGGUGAGGUCCAAUGGAUGAGGCAAGGAGUGGUCAUCCAGUCUGGUCCCCGACAUACACUGGCCCAAAAUGGCUGUAAACGCAGCCUCACCAUCUGCAACCUGACUUUGUCGGACAGAGGAACUUACCGCUGUGAGACUCUGCAUGACCGGACACAAGUCAAGCUUAACGUAGAACCUCGAAAGAUCUCCAUUCGCAAAGGCCUGACUGAUCAGGAAACCUUUGAACGAGAGACUGCAUCUUUUGAGGUGGAGCUCUCCCACACAGAUGUUGAAGGUAUUUGGCAGAAGGACGGCAUCCGAGUGAAGCCAAACAACCAAUUUCGAGUGAGCACCAACGGGCUGGUACAUGGCCUUACCUUGUCCAACUUGACUCUGGAGGACACAGGCACCAUCGUCUUUUCAGCCGAAGGUGUGCGCACCACGGCGAGGCUCACAGUCAAAGAAACACCUGUGUCUAUCUUGAAACCGCUAACUGAUGUUCGUGUGGAGGAAGAAUUUCCUGCCACUCUGGAGUGUGAAUUCUCCAGACAAAUUGUGGAAGUCAAAUGGUUUAAGAACGGGGUCGAGCUGAAGCCAGGAAAGAACUGUCGGAUCUACUCUACGGGUCGAAAGCGGUUCUGCCAGAUUCUUCAGUGUACCCGGGCAGAUUCUGGUGUCUACAAAUGUGACACGGGGGAAAUCAAUACUUCCUGUUCUCUGGAAGUUUAUGAGCACGAGCUGGAGAUGGUGCAGGAUCUAGAAGAUCUUUACAUCCAGGAAGAACAGAAUGCUGUCUUCAUGUGUGAGGUUUCUCUGGAGGAUGUGACUGGGGAGUGGUACAAGGAUGGUCACAAGAUCCGGCCCAGCAGCACCACAAAGAUCCGUACUGAAGGGACCAAACACUUCCUGCUCAUGUGUAACGUAAAAGCUGAAGAUGCUGGAGAAAUCCGUUUUGUCUCCCGCGAUGUUGAAUCAACAGCUUACCUCGAGGUCGAAGAGCUUCCAGUUUCCAUCGUGAAACCACUGCGAGACAGAACAGCCCUCGAGAAACACCGGGUCAUCCUUGAAUGCACCGUGUCCUCCCCUCGUUGCAACGCGACCUGGUACAAAGGCAACCAGGAGCUGGUCUCCUCAGACCGGGUGGAGAUCACAGCUGACGGCUGCACUCAUAAGCUGGUCAUCCACCAGGUAGCUGUGGAGGAUGAGGGCACCUACAGCAUUGAGGUUGGGGAGCACACCUCCAAAGCAAAGCUGAUGGUUGAAGCCCAAGAGCUUGUGAUGGUUACAGAGCUACAGGAUGUAGAGGUGACGGAAUCAGAAGCAGCUUCUUUCCAGUGCGAGGUAUCUGUUGCCAUUCACAAGCUUCCAGUUUGGACCUUAAAUGGAGCGGCCCUUCAGCAAGGUCCUUCUGUUCGACUGGAGGACCACGGAACUGUCCACAAGCUCACGCUGAGGAACACCAGCGUGGACAUGAGUGGGACCGUCAAGUUUACCUUAGGCAAGGCAAAGAGCAGCGCAACGUUCACAGUAAUUGAAAAGUAGAGGAUUUCACCCUGAAAAACUCCACCUGCUUGUUUGGGUUUUGUUCAGAAUUAAAGUUUCAAUGAGGCCAGAUGUUUAUGUCAGUCAAGACAGGCCUUUUUUUUACAGUGUAGAUAAAAUUUACUGUUGCUUGAUUAAUAUUUAUAGACUAAUUCGCAAUUUAUUCAUCAAUUUUGAUAAAAAAAAAUGCUGUCACAAUAAAGAGCAUUUUAAAUGUGCAAUUAAAAACCUACAAGAUGAA